AUGGCGCACCCCUCUGAGACGCCGUACGUGCAGCCGUCGUCGGGCAUCGCCGAUGGCAUUGCGCGCAAGGUCAUGCUCUUCGGCAUCCUCGCCAUCUUCCUCCUCAUCAACGUCAUCGUCUUGUACGCGCUGCACUUUACGUCGGCCGGCGUCCCCGCCUCGGCGUCCAACGUCAAGGUCUCGAGCGACGCGUUCAAGGUCGGCGCCAUUGACAAGAAGGUCGUGAGCUUUGGCGACGACGGCUCGAUCGUCGUGGGCGCUGGCACCACGGGGUACCUCGACGCCGUCGCCAUGCCCAACGACGCGAUCAACUACAUUACACUCGCGCCGAUCGGUGCCAACGCGUCGUCGACGGCGAUCCUCGCCUACUACCUCAAGAACAAGACGACGACCGUCAUCACGACGCUCACGAUCAACGACGACAAGACGACGACGGUCAGCACGAAGCAAUCGACGGCCGCCAACGUCCAAGUGCGUGGCAUCGCGACGCUCUCCAACUCGCAGGCCGUCUUCCUCCAGUCGACGGCCAUGGGCAAGACGUCGCUCGUGCCCGGCUCCGAUUGCAAGUUCUCGGCCAACCCACGCAAGGUCUUCUCGUCCAUCGUACUCUACACGUCGCAGGUCGAGCCCGAGCCUAGCAAGGUUCUGCGAACGCUCAUUACGCACAGCGGCGGCCAAGUGCUCUCGCACCCAAGUCGGUCCGCGACACACAUGCUCUGCCUUCGACCGGAAGGCGACGCGUUCCAGCAGGCGCUCAACUGGGACGCGGAGGGCGCGACGCUGCAGACCGAUACGCUAUCCGACGAAGACGUGCUCCGCGCUGCGACGAGCUACGUUGCCACGAACGUUCAUGGACCGAUCCCCGACUCUGUCUUGGCCUAUAUCAUUGGCCAAAGCCACUUGACCAAGCACCGCAUCGUCAACUACCUCUGGAUCUACGAGUGCAUUCGCGUGAAUCAGCUGCUGCCCGAGUCGCUCUAUGGUUUUGAACACAACCACAAGCCGAGUGGCGCUCAAAACGUCACUCUCUCGGACGUGGUCAUGGCGCUGCAGCGCGACUCGCAGCUCUUCCCGCCCGUCACGGAAGCGCUGCCGCUCGACAUUUGGAAGGACAUUUCUCAGAACGCGGCGAAAGAAUGGGCCGACAAUGCGUUUGUGGUGGCUACCCACAUUGCCACGGGUCUGCGCCAGCGUAUGCUCGAGGCCAUCCAAGGCUUGGGCGCCAAAGUCGUCGUGCUCGAAGACGACGUCGAUGAUCGGGCGAUGGACGGUGUGACGUAUGUUGUCUGCGCGCACCAGACAGGCCGCGAGUUUCAUUUCGCGUUGGCGCGCGGCAAGACCAUCGUCGGCCUCCAGUGGCUGGCGGCCAGCCUCGCGCUGCGCACACUCCUCCCGGCCAACUUUGACGGCAAGUUGUUGCUCUCGUCGUUGCAGCCGCUGUAA